AUGAUAAUCAGCUAUGGUGACUGGCUGUCCUCGUUCCUUGAGCACUAUUUUCCCCGUCUUCCUGAAGAUAUCCAAAACUGCAUCUAUGAGUUGCUGACAGGUAAUGAUUUGCUCAAUUUAUAUACACGCUUCCGUAAUGCUGCCGUCCAUAGUUCAUUGUCGAGUUAUUACUCUCAAGAAAUCCUUUUUAUUCCCUGGGGGAGUUCAUCUUCUUUCUCCAGACGGAUGGAUAAUAACAAACGAAUGUUACCUAUAAUUCGGAACAACGACGACGUAAUUCAAUUCAUCAAUGAGUUUCCCAAAGUAAUUCCUAACAGGUUGCACAUUCACUGUAAUAACUAUGGAUUUUCGAGUAUGCAAGAUAUUUUGGAUAUGUAUGGCGAUAGAAUUUAUCAAAUAAAAGAACUAGAAAUAACCUUGGCUGGUUACAUCCUUCUUACACCUAACAAAUUCAACUAUUUGUUAUCAUUUCCUAACUUGACAACCUUACAGCUUUACAGCACUCGCUGGGAAAAACGAUUAGUUAAGAAUCUGAUUCCCAUUAAUCAUCCCACCCUCAGAAAGCUUGAAUUUAGCCAGUUCGUGUAUGGCGUUGGGAAUGACAAUGUGGAUUACUAUAUUGAUUGGAGUGGAUUUGAAUUUCCCCAAAAUUUGCAAGAACUUAGUUUGACAGGCAUAGCUAAUAUUUCCACUAUAACCAUUCCUGAAACAACCACCCAUCUCCAUUUUAAUUGUGCUAAGAUUGGUGAUAUAGUGUCAUGUAAGAGUAUGCUUGAAAAUGUAACUGAGCUCCUGUUAAGAUGGUGCAGAUUACAAGUUAUCGAUCUUGAUGUUUUACCAGCGGGUUUACGCAUAUUGGAUUUAUCAUACAAUCGCAUUGGGCGCAUUGUGGGCAAUUAUAAAAGCGCAUUGCCAGAAGACCUUCAUACCCUAAAGUUAAAUAUGUGUACAUUGGAUGAUGUGGUAUUAGAUCAUAUAAAUGAAAAUAUAGGAUGGCCAUCUCAGUUAACCCGACUCGAAAUCUCAUCAAACAAUUUCUCCAAGAUUGACAUUUUAGAAAAAUUACCAGAAACAUUGAAAACUUUGUGGUUGUCAAGAAACCAUUUAAAAUGGGAUGAAGGUGAAGUAUUGUUUACCUUUCCCCAUUUAACUGAGUUGUGCUUACAUCGUUGUGGUAUUUGUGAUUUGCAAAAUUUUCAAUUUCCUUCUUCGCUCAAGAACUUGACCUUGUGCUUCAACGAAAUAGAAAAUAUACUGUCUUAUCAAGGUUGGAAUAACCUUGUAAACUUACAUACAUUAAGCCUUUGCAGAUUUUCAAGACAAAAUUUGAAUGGUUGGAUCGUCCUUCCCAACCUUAGAGAACUUCAUUUAGCUUAUACUGAAAAUGACCAGUUAAAUAACAAGUUUGGUGUCUCUAGUGAAAAUUAUAAUCUACAGAUUAUAACCUCAGGGUGUCGCUAUUGUAAUAGAAACACGUAA